AUGAUACGAUGUGUAUACCUGACCAAGAGGACAAGCAUGCAUAGCAUUGCAAAAAUAAGUGACCUUGAAAGAGAAGACGCCGAUACAAAAAGAGCCUUCAAGCAAUGUACACGUGAUUACUUAGGUAUUCACAAUAUGAGUGAAAACCAGUCCAUGUUUGCAGCAAAUAUUACCGUUCGUGAGCAAAUGAGAGACAUUGUAAAUGCUGCAAAUAUUUGGACAACGAACAAAACACAUCUGUAUGACUUAAGAAGUAAGUUGAAUGGUGCUAUGCCAGAAAAUACACAGUUUUAUAGAACUUCCAAUGCAAGCUUCAUAUCUCAGCAGAUGUAUCUGAAUAAAUCUCCCAUCGAGAGAAGUAUUUACAGACGAUGUAGCAUUGUUGGUAAUGGUGGUAUAUUGAAGGGCAGUGGAUGUGGAGAUGAAAUCGAUAAGUCUGAUCUUAUUUUGAGGUUCAAUUAUAGUAUGCGUGCAUUCAGUAAAGCCUUGGAAGAAUAUAAAGGUCAUGUACUAUUUACUUCAACACCAAAGUUCACUGUUCCUGCCAUGAAUCACAUAAAAUUGAACACUUCACUGGACCUGUUGCUUCUCAAUAGAGACUAUCUUGGUUUAGUGAGAAGAUUUUGGAAGGUUGAGAAAAUAGUUUCAUCAGGAUUGCUAUUGUUAACCAUGGGAUUGCCACUUUGCGAGGAGAUUCAUCUGUUUGGAUUCUGGCCGUUUAGCACAGACAUAGAAGGAAAUGCUUUACCAUAUCAUUACACUGGUGAUUCGGGAUUUGAUGAAGUGUUUGUAUGUGCCCACCAUAUGGGAUGGGAAAUUCAAAACCUAUUGGAGCUUCAUAAUCAAGGCGUUGUCAAGUUGCACCUUGGGAAAUGCAGCACGCACUAA